CCACCAUAUCUUCCUCGUGCACGUAUAUUUAUGCGCUCUGCAGAAACCCAGAAAGCAUCUUCAAGAAGAAGAAGAAGAAACGCCAUUUUUUGCAGAUAAGUUGUGAAUUUUCCGGUUGAAAGUUGGGAAAACAGCCUUUUUGAGGAUAUGGGUUCGUCGGAAACUAUGGAUUCCGGGAGAUUCUCCGGCCAGAGGUCCAACUUCUCUCACACGUGUGCGCUUUUGAGCCAGUACUUGAAGGAGAAGGGCUCGUUUGGAGAUCUCAGCCUCGGGACACCCACGAUGAAUCUGAUGCCAACGUUUGAGAAACCUGCCCAGAAUUCGGAUCUCAAACCCCUGAACUUGUUUCCUACCAAGAACAAGAUUGAUUCCAGUUUGGGAAAGGCAGAUCCAGAAAGGGCACCAAUGACAAUCUUCUAUAAUGGUCAAAUGAUCAUGUUCAAUGAGUUUCCAGUUGAGAAGGCUAAGGAGCUGAUUGCUAUGGCUACCAACACCCAAACCCCCAACAUCUUACCAUGUGCUGAUGUCAACUCUGUGGUUCCAAGACCAGCUGUUUCUAAGGUUGUCCCCGGUUUUGGAAACCAGAGAGCCUAUUCUGACUUGCCUAUUGCUAGGAGGAGUUCCCUUGCCAGGUUCUUGGAGAAGAGAAAGGAUAGGCUUACUUCCAAGGCACCAUACCUGAAGGGCAGCAAUGAGGGGGCUUCAUCUGAGGAAGAAGAGAACAAGGCAUGGCUGGGAUUGACUGCCCAAUUUCCAGUGAAAAUUGAGCCUGAAUUAUAGGGUUUUUGAUGGAUGUAUUAUGUAUAUGUUCUAGGAGCUAAUAUAUUCAAAACGUUAUUUAGGGUAUUUUAAUUAUCUUAAGACAUUUUGUUCUAUUAUUAUAUUACAAUGACUUGGGCACUUUAAUUGUAUUAUUAUGACAUUUUAUUACUCUUAUUAUUAUUAUACAUUAUUAUUAUUGAUUA